AUGGCCACAGAUGCAGCUGUCACCAACCAUGGCAUGGAGAUGCAGGAGGGAGAGGCCAUGGAGGACGAGUUCUCUGACAUCCACAAGCUGCAGGAGUUUGGCAUUGGCGCGGCCGACAUCAAAAAAGCCAAGGAGGGCGGGUUCCACACCUGCGAGUCGCUCAUCAUGUUUCCGCGGAAGCGGCUACACGCGGUCAAGGGCCUGAGCGAGGCCAAGGCUGAGAAGAUGCUGGAGGCGGCGCGCAAGGUCACCAGCGUGGGGGACUGGCAGACCGGCACGGACUGCAUGCUUAGGCGCCAGCGGGAGAUUGUGCGCAUCACGUGCGGGUCGUCCGCAGUGGACACGCUGCUGGGGGGCGGCCUGGCCGAGACCAAGUGCAUCACUGAGAUGUACGGGGAGUUCAGGACCGGCAAGACCCAGCUGUGCCACACGCUCUGCGUCACCACGCAGCUGCCCAUAGCGGACGGCGGCGGCGCCGGCAAGGUGGCGUUUGUGGACACCGAGGGCACCUUCAGGCCAGAGCGCGUGCGCGCCAUUGCGGGGCGCUUCAACCUGGACCCCGAUGCGGUGCUGGACAACAUUGUCUCUUGA